CUACUUGACGCUGGGACAGAUGAGUCGGGAGAGUUUAGGCGAAGGCUUUGGAGGGGGAGAAAAAGUCACACAAAAAAGUAAACCCCCCCCCCCGGCUUUAAAUAGAGAAAAGUACUAAAGGAAGCGACCAGCCUGCCUCAAUUCUUGAAAGGUUCCACACUAGACCUUUACCCAGGCUCUGGCCACCUCAUCAUAUGGUACGGACCUAACCAGAGGGAGAAGAGGAGAGAUAAUUGGUCCUUUUCCUAUUUAUGCCUAUUGACUAGCUACGUUUGUAAAUCCUCUGGGCUGUUGUGUCCCAGAGGCCUGAUCUCAGCUGAACUUGUUCCCCGAACUGCACUCCCCUCAGUGGGGUUGGUUGUGACCCAGCUCCAAGGUACCUCCCACCUCACGACAGGCUUUCCUUUCCUGAGCAGCAGCAGCUGUGUCCUGCCUGCGUCCUGCCUCUAUUUCCUGUCCUUGGUGUGCAAGGCUAAGCCUCCUCUCUACACUCCCCUUCCCCAAACACCCACACACUCUCCCUGUUGUACACGAUCCAAGAAGAGGACCCUUAACUUCCUGGUACAUUUCUCUCCCUCCCUCCACUCCUUCUCACCCUGGACAGCAGCACCAUGACCUCUAUGUCCAGCCUGUUCUCCUUCACCAGUCCAGCUGUGAAGCGUCUGCUGGGGUGGAAGCAGGGGGACGAGGAGGAGAAAUGGGCUGAGAAGGCUGUUGACGCUCUGGUCAAGAAACUGAAGAAGAAGAAGGGAGCCAUGGAGGACCUGGAGAAAGCCCUCAGUAGCCCAGGACAACCCAGUAAGUGUGUGACCAUUCCUCGGUCUCUGGACGGUCGUCUCCAGGUGUCUCACAGGAAGGGUCUCCCCCACGUAAUCUACUGCAGAGUGUGGAGGUGGCCCGACCUACAGUCUCACCACGAGCUCAAACCUCUGGAGGUGUGUGACUACCCCUUCGGCUCCAAGCAGAAGGAGGUCUGCAUUAACCCCUACCACUACAAGAGAGUAGAGAGCCCAGUGCUGCCUCCGGUGUUGGUGCCUCGCCACAGUGAGUUCAACCCCCAACACAGCCUCCUGGUCCAGUUCAGGAACAUGACUCACAACGAGCCCCACAUGCCUCUGAACGCCACCUUCCCAGAGUCCUUCCAGCAGCACAGCGGGGGCAGCGGCUCCUCCUUCCCAAUCUCCCCCAACUCCCCCUACCCUUCCUCCCCAGCCUCCAGCGGAGGGGUGGGCACCUACCCCAACUCUCCUGCCAGCUCCGGGCCCUCCAGCCCCUUCCAGCUUCCAGCUGAUACCCCGCCCCCGGCUUACAUGCCCCCUGACGAGCAGAUGGGACAGGAGGGGUCCAUGGAGACCAGCAGCAGCGGGCCCAGGAACAUGCCGAGUGGGGAUGUGCAGCCAGUGGAGUAUGAGGAACCGAGCCACUGGUGCAGUAUUGUGUACUAUGAGUUGAACAACCGAGUGGGUGAGGCCUACCAUGCUUCUUCUACCAGCGUCCUGGUGGACGGCUUCACUGACCCCUCCAACAACAAGAACCGCUUCUGCCUGGGGUUGCUCUCCAACGUCAACCGCAACUCGACCAUAGAGAACACACGCCGCCACAUCGGCAAAGGCGUCCACCUGUACUAUGUAGGAGGUGAGGUGUAUGCAGAGUGUCUGAGUGACACCAGUAUCUUCGUUCAGAGUCGUAACUGUAACUAUCAUCAUGGUUUCCACCCCACCACGGUGUGUAAGAUCCCUAGUGGCUGCAGUCUGAAGAUCUUUAACAACCAGGAAUUUGCUCAGCUACUGGCCCAGUCUGUGAACCAUGGCUUUGAGGCUGUCUACGAACUGACUAAGAUGUGCACCAUCCGAAUGAGCUUUGUAAAGGGCUGGGGUGCUGAGUAUCACCGACAAGAUGUCACCAGCACCCCCUGUUGGAUAGAAGUGCACCUUCAUGGCCCUCUGCAGUGGCUGGAUAAAGUGCUGACACAGAUGGGCUCUCCUCUCAACCCCAUCUCCUCAGUGUCUUAAUGGUCACCCCACAGACCAGACUCUCAACCCCAUCUCUUCAGUGUCUUAAUGGUCACCCCACAGACCAGACUCUCAACCCCAUCUCUUCAGUGUCUUAAUGGUCACCCCACAGACCAGACUCUCAACCCCAUCUCUUCAGUGUCUUAAUGGUCACCCCACAGACCAGACUCUCAACCCCAUCUCUUCAGUGUCUUAUUGGUUAACCCCAUCUCUUCAGUGUCUUAUUGGUCCCCUCCCCCAAGACCAGACUCUCAACCCCAUCUCUUCAGUGUCUUAUUGGUCCCCUCCCCCAAGACCAGACUCUCAACCCCAUCUCUUCAGUGUCUUAAUGGUCCCCUCCCCCAAGACCAGACUCUCAACCCCAUCUCUUCAGUGUCUUACUGGUCCCCUCCCCCAAGACCAGACUCUCAACCCCAUCUCUUCAGUGUCCUAAUGGUCCCCUCCCCCAAGACCAGCCUCUCAACCCCAUCUCCUCAGUGUCUUAAUGGUCCCCUCCCCCAAGACCAGACUCUCAACCCCAUCUCCUCAGUGUCCUAAUGGUCCCCCCACAGACCAGACUCUCAACCCCAUCUCCUCAGUGUCCUAAUGGUCACCCCACAGACCAGACUCUCAACCCCAUCUCCUCAGUGUCCUAAUGGUCCCCCACAGACCAGACUCUCAACCCCAUCUCCUCAGUGUCCUAAUGGUCCCCCCACAGACCAGACUCUCAACCCCAUCUCCUCAGUGUCCUAAUGGUCCCCCCACAGACCAGACUCUCAACCCCAUCUCCUCAGUGUCCUAAUGGUCCCCCCACAGACCAGACUCUCAACCCCAUCUCUUCAGUGUCUUAAUGGUCCCCUCCCCCCAGACCAGACCAGCCAGGCUGGGAGGUUAUUUUACACAUAAAAAAAUAAACAAUGUUUUUUUUAUUUUUAUGUUUUGAUGAGUAAAAGGAGAUGAUAAAAGGCUGAACUGUUUACAGUAUCUGGCUGCAGAAGGGUUGUUGAACCCAGAGCAGCAGAAUUAAAAUAAAGAAAAAUGGAGGCUACAAGCAGAAGAUUAAAGUAGAGUAGCGGCACAAAAUAAUGGACAAAGUACUGCUCUGAGUCAUCCACUACCAACCAUGUGCUCAUUCUAUUGAGAGUAGUAGGACUGGAAAGCAUGUACCUUACUUUAUAUUUGAAAUCGUUUUUUUUUUUAAGGAUUUUGCAUAAAAUAUUAGAAAAUAUUUCUGUUUUUUUAAAACAUUUUUUAGUUAAAAAAUAAUAAUAAUGAAAUGUAUAUCACUACUACAAAUUUACCACAGUCAAAUUACUUGUAAUUUUACUUUGCAAACUUUUUUUUUUCUUGCCAUGUUUUCUAAUGCCAGAUAUUUUACAUCUAAGGUAUAGAUAUCAUUAUGUUUUCUAUUAAGACUCCGAUCUCAAUGUUUCCAUUUUAUAGUUUCUAUCACUAGAAAAACUUGAGUUACUGCCAUUUUAAAUAAAGUAUGUCUAACUGAUAACUAUGA